AUGUGGAAAACCGUGUGUGUGCUGAUUCUUCUGUCGGUCCUCUGCAGCGCAGGACCGCUGAGUUCCCACCAGAAGAGAAAAACCCCAAUGGUCCGUGAGGAACCGGUGCCGGCUGAGGUGGAAAUGCCAGAGCAGCCUGAGGCGGAGGUUGAGACAGCUCCAUCUCAGGAGGCAGCUUCCUUGGGCACCCUCACUCUGCCCAGCAAUGCCACCUCCAUUCGGGCAGAUAUUACGGAUAAUUUCUCGUGCUCGAACAAGACAUAUGGCUACUACGCGGAUGUGGAGAACGAUUGCCAGAUCUUCCACGUGUGCCUGCCGGUGACCUAUGCCGAUGGCCGUGAGAACACCUUCCGCUGGAGCUUCAUCUGCCCCGAGGACACUAUAUUUAGCCAGGAAUCCUUCACCUGCAUGCGCCGCGAGGACAUGACCAUCGAGUGCGCGGAUAGCUCUAGGUACUACGAGCUGAAUGGCAACUUUGGUGGUGCAGUGGAGGAGGAGAUUAAGCCCACGCCCGAGGAGAGUGAGGAGCCGGAAAAGGAGGUGAUGGAUGUCAAACCCGUUGAGGCUGAGCCAGAGGUCCCAGCAGAGCCUGUUGUUGUGGAAACCCCCAAGCCCGCAAAGCCAGUCAAGGCCCAGAAGCCCAAGCCCAAUCGCCGGAAACCUCAGCAGCCCCACAGAAAGACACCAGUUCCGGUGACCGCUGCUCCCGAAGUGGAAGCUGUUCCUGAACCAGUUGCCGCCUUGGAAGUGGAGGCUAAGCCACCGAAGCCGCAGCGAUUCACCAUCAGGCCGAAUAAGGAGAAGCCUCAUGCCUUCAGGCCCGCCAUCGCUGCUCCUCCACCAAUGAGAAAUGAACUCUUCAAUGGCAUUCGCAAGCGUCCGGCGAUCUUCAAUAAGCCAGCGAGCACGAGCACAGCCAAGCCCGUGGAGGAAGCGGAGGUGGUGGUGGUGGAUAGCGAGCCAGCUGUCACCGAGGCUGUGGUUCAGCUAAGUGAGCCCCAGCCCACUCUGAAGCUGCAGACAAUGUUCGCGGAGCCAGCAGUUAUUCCCGUGGAAGUCCAAGAGCCCGAGGUUCAGGCUUCCGAGCCAGCCCUGUCCUUCGUUCAGCCAGAGACAGUUCCGGAAGUGGUGGCACCUACAAAGAUUGAAAUUGAUACCAGGAUCGAAGAGGUAAAGCCCAUUGAAGCCAUUGAGGAGAUUCCCGCUGUCAUAGUAGAAAGUUUAGAUGAAAAGAAGCCCGAGGAGGAAGAGAAAGAAUCAGCAACUCAGGAGAAUGUAAAGGCAGAAGAGGAGUUCAAACCAGAAGAAGGAACUAAAGUAGACCACGAUGUUAAGUCUGUAGAAGAGAUCAAGCCAGCAGAUGAGAUCAAGUCAGAGGAGAUUCACCAGCCCGAAGAAGAGCCUGAGAUACCAGCCCAGGUUGAGGAGAUCCAUGAAGUCAAGCCCGAGGAUAUCAAAGCGGAUCCUGCCAUCAUCGAAACCAGCAACUCCAAUGAGGAAACCCACGUCAGCAUUGAAGCUUUGGAGGCAGCCAAGCCAGCCGAUGCCCCGGAGAGCAUGCCUGCCACUCCCGAAAUGGAGCAACACAGUCCGUUGGUGGAGGAAAUCCUUGAUAGCAGCAGCAACAACGCAGAGCCAGUAGAAGGUGGAGAGACCCAGGAGUCCCUGGGUGGCUUCAAGCCAGUCGAUCCAGUCAUGGCCGCUGAGGCGGAGCAAUUGAUCACUGAUUUCCUUAAUACCCUGAAAAAGAACGAAGAGAAACCCGAGACUGACAUGGCACCCAUUUAUAAUGCAGAUGUGUCCAUCGAGGAGGCCAAGCUGCCAGAGCCCGAGAUCGUGGACAAGAAUGCAUCCGUCGAAGAGCAAAUCCUAGAAGAAUCGGAGCAGCAAAAGAACCAAAAGCAUCAGAUGAUGAAGGACUCACCCAUAAUCAACAUCAUGCAGCUCAACCAUCUGCCAAUGGACUAUCAGAUCCCAGUUCAGGUUAUUCCAAUGGAUUCUGAGCCUGUUUCCGAGAUCUCUGAGCCAUCAGAGGUGCCUGAGGAAAUGAAGGCACAAGAAACACCAGAGGAAGUCAAAGAAGAAACACCUACUGAGGAGAUCCAAGAAGCUGUGAAAGAAGCUACUCCAGAAGAAGUCACGGAAACUAUUUCCGAGGCAGAGAAGGAAAUCACUCCUGAGGCUGAAGCCAAGCCCGAGGAGACGCCCAGCCAUGAUGAUGCCCAGGAGGAGAGCCUAGUCACCGCCUCUUACAUGCCCUCCAUUAGCAUCGAUGACAUUGUGGAGCUGGUGAAAGAGCGCCUCGACCAGACCCCCAAGAAGGAUCAGAUGGCUCCCAUGGAGCUGAUACUCACGCCAGGUGCCGCGGCACCCAUGACCCUGGUUCAGAGCACUCCCGUCCAGGCAGUCGAGCAGCAGCCAGAGCCGAUGCCCGAGCAAGAGGAGCUCAUCCUGCCCAUCUACAAGCGCGUCUCAGCCGCCGAACCAGCCAUGUCCAAGGUGCAGACGCUGCCCGUGACCGGAAGCAAGGUGGAAACGGUACCAGAAUCCCAACCGGAGAUCAGGGAGCCCAAAAUGGAUGCCCGCAAGCGACGCUUCCUGUUCCGUGCCGAUGCCAGCUAA